GCCAGAAAGGGAUGGGUCUACUGGGGCUCACACCAAACUGAUCCAAGCCCAAGAGAUGUCCCAGCUCUUCCCAUAUCCCAUCCACCAACACAUCCAAAAUGAUACCUUCCUCAGCAAGCCUUUCCCUAUAAGAUUAGUCCCGUCAUUGAAACCUCACGUUACAGGGUUUGAGUCCUCAACACUUGAGUCCGAAAUCAUCCCAUCCCCGAGUACGACUCACUUUUAGCCCACCAUGUCCACAUGUAUGCCCUCAUUCUCAUCCUUGUAAAUUUGAAUCUCAGCUCCUAAGACUCAUCCAUAGAUCCCACCCUAAGUGAGCCUCCAAACCCACACAUCCUCUCCUUUUGUGACCCAGCCCCAAACUGUCACCACGACUCUGGCUAUAUCCCGUCCUCUGCUCAGUGUGGGUCCAGGCCCGGUGCAUCUGAAAACAUGGAGUUUGUAUCUGGAUACCGUGAUGAGUUCCUUGAUUUCGCUGCUCUCCUUUUUGGCUGGUUCCGCAAGUUUGUGGCAGAGAGGGGGACCGUGGGGAAUAGCCACGAGGGCCGAUGGCGACAGCUGGAAGCUCAGAUAAGGAGGUUGCCCCAGGACCCUGCCCUUUGGGUGCUCCAUGUCUUGCCCAACCGUAGUGUGGGCAUCAGCUUGGGACAAGGUGCAGAGCCAGGCCCUGGAGCAGGUCUGGGGGCUGCCCGGCUCCUGGGAGAUGAGCCCCCUCUCCAUCUGCGAGACCUGAGCCCCUAUGUCAGCUUUGUCAGCCUAGAGGAUGGGGAAGAAGGGGAGGAGGAUGAAGAAGAUGAAGAAGAGACUGGAGAGGAGAAUGCUGGCACAAAAAAGGUGAAACCACAAGAGGGAGGGGAACCAGCAGCCCCCAGCAAGGAAUCUCCCCAGAAAGCAAAGCUCCGGACGAAGGAGCCAGAGGCAAGCAAGAAGAAGGCAGGUGGUGAAGAUGGCUGCGGAGAGGACAGAGGGGAGGCUGAGAGAGGAGCUGAGAAGAGGAAGGAACGGAGGACCGAGGCUGCCCCCCUGCAUCUUUCCUGCCUCUUACUGGUGACAGAUGAGCAUGGCACCAUCUUGGGCAUCGAUCUGCUAAUGAAUGGAGUCCAGGGGAGUGUGGGUCAGGGCUCAGGGACUGAGACUCUGGCUCCUCGAGCCUAUGCUCUUCUCUGCCACAGCAUGAUCUGCCCCAUGGGCUCUGGGGACCCCCGAAAGCCCCGGCAGCUUACUGUGGGAGACGCCCAGCUGCAUGGAGAGCUGGAGAACCUAGUCCGAAGGUUGGGCGUGAAGUUAGCAAAGAGCCCCAUGCGGGCAUGGGGUCCUCGGCCAGGCUUCACUUUUGCCUCCCUUCGAGCUCGAACCUGCCAUGUUUGUCACAAGCACAGCUUUGAAGUGAAGUUGACACCCUGCCCCCAGUGCAGUGCUGUCUUGUACUGUGGAGAGGCCUGUCUCCAGACUGAUUUGCAUCGAUGCCCAGAUGAUGUGAGCCACCGGUUUUGGUGCCCAAGGCUUGCAGCUUUCAUGGAGCGGUCAGGGGAACUGGCAACUCUCCCUUUCACCUAUACCAAAGAGGUGACCAGUGAAACCUUUAACAAGGAAGCAUUCUUGGCCUCUCGGGGCCUUACUCGUGGCUACUGGACCCAACUCAGCAUGCUGAUUCCAGGGCCUGGCACUGGCACCCCCAGGCAUCCCUGGGACAACCUUCUUCUCAGUGGGGAUCCCUACCAGUUUCUUCAGGGGGAUGGAUCUGCUCUGAUGCCUCCAGUGCCCCUAGAUCCACCAAGGAGCCUCUUUGGUUCGUGGCAGGAUUACUACCUGUGGCGGGGCCUCAGCCUGGACUCCCCCAUGGCUGUGCUUCUCACCUACCCGUUGACUGUAUACUAUGUCAUCACCCACCUGGUGCCUCAGUCCUUCCCUGAGCUCAACAUUCAAAACAAGCAGUCACUGAAGAUCCACGUGGUGGAGGCCGGGAAGGAGUUUGACCUUGUCAUGGUGUUUUGGGAACUUUUGGUCCUGCUUCCCCAUGUGGCCCUGGAACUGCAGUUUGUGGGUGACAACCUACCUCCUGAGAGUGACCAGCAACACUUUACCAUGCAGAGGGAUGGUCCUGAGUUGUCUGUGCGUCCUGGUUCUGGGGUAUCAGCCCGGCUCAGCUCUGGGACUAAGGAAAAGGGGGGCCGCAGGGAUCUGCAGAUCAGGGUGUCCGCCAGGCCCUACCACCUGCUCCAGGGACCCAAGCCUGACCUGGUUAUUGGUAAGACCCUGCGUCUCAUAGGCAAGAGUUUGGGGAAAAUAAGAGAAGGAGACUAUGGACACCAACAUCUCUGUUCUCUCUGGGCAGGCUUUAACUCUGGUUUUGGUCUUAAGGACACAUGGCUGAGCUCCCUGCCCCGAUUACAGUCUCUCCGAGUGCCAGCUUUCUUCACCGAGAGCAGCGAGUAUGGUUGUGUGAUGGACGAUCAGACUAUGGCGGUGGCCACGGGAGGAGGCACCAGCUCUCCACAGCCCAAUCCUUUCCGCUCCCCGUUUCGCCUCAGAGCGGCUGACAACUGCAUGCCCUGGUACUGCAAUGCCUUCAUCUUCCAUCUCAUCUACAAGCCCGUGCAAGGCAACAACGGGGGUCGCCCGGCGCCCGGGCCCGCGCCCCCACCCCCCACGCCCCCCGACCCUACUCCCACCCCGGCCCGCAGGCGCCGAGCAGAGAAGAAAGCGGCGCGCGGGGCUCGCCGGCGCCGAUGA